UUGUUGCAGCUCAAAUCACUUGAACAGCAACGGAGAAAGAAGGAGAAUAUGGAAAUCCCUCUCCUGAUUGUCUCACUGAUCUUCCUCUUCUUUUCCUCUGCUCUCUCAUCUUCUGUGGUCACCUAUUUGCCUGGAUUCCAAGGCUCCCUUCCCUUCUACUUAGAGACAGGGUACGUGGAGGUGGACCAGGACCACGGCGGUGAGUUUUUCUACUACUUCAUCGAGUCGGAGAACAAUCCGGCAGAGGACCCCCUGCUCCUCUGGCUGACCGGCGGCCCCAGGUGCUCUGCCUUCAGCGGAUUAGUCUUCGAAAUCGGCCCCCUGAAAUUUGUGACAGCCGAGUACAACGGGAGCUUGCCAAGCUUGGUGUACCGUCUCUAUUCCUGGACCAAGGUAGCCAACAUUAUUUUUUUAGAUUCCCCAUCGGGCUCUGGAUUCUCGUACUGGACAAAAGAAGAAGAGAAUGAUUCAUCUUGGGUUCAACAGGUUGAUAAGUUUCUUGUACAGUGGUUUGUUGGGCACCCACAGUUCAUCUCCAAUCCCCUCUACAUUGCUGGGGAUUCAUAUGCUGGAAAAAUUGUACCUAUGGUGGCCAAAAGAAUAUUGGAUGGAAUUGAUGAAGGGAAAGAGCCACUACUUAACCUCCAGGGUUACAUUAUUGGCAACCCAGCCACAGGUGGAAAAGUCGAUAAGAAUUCUAAAAUAUCUUAUGCUCACAGCAUGGGGAUCAUAUCAGAUGACUUCUUUGAGAUGAUACAAAAAAGUUGCAGCGGACAAGACUAUCGAACUCCCACCACUUCACAAUGCCAGAUGUAUCUUGACUCAUUUAACAAUGUGUUCUUAUCAGAAAUUAAUGAGGCACACAUUCUAGAAGUGUAUUGUCCUGAGUCUCGAUUAAACCACCCACAUAGUCUUGUGAGCACAACUUCUAGUAAACGAAUUUUGAAGGAGAACCAAAACAUUCUUGACCCUCCACCAUUUCCCGAUCUGAGUUGUCGAUGUUAUGCUCAUACUUUGGCUUAUUAUUGGGCUAAUAGUAACAUUGUGAGGAGGGCUCUCAACAUCAGAAAGGGGACAAUUAAAGAAUGGGUAAGGUGUAAUCGUCACUUACCUUACACAAUAGAACUCAAGAGUAAUAUCAAGUAUCAUCUCAGCCUUUUGCAAAGAGGAUACCGUGCUUUGGUUUACAGUGGUGAUCAUGAUCUAGUGGUACCUUUCUCGGGGACAAAACAAUGGAUAAAGUCCUUGAAUUCUUCUAUUGUGGAAGAUUGGAGAUCUUGGCAUGUUGGUGGUCAAGUUGCUGGGUAUACCAUGACAUAUUCCAAUAAUUUGACAUUUGCAACUGUGAAGGGUGCUGGUCACACAGCUGCAGAGUACAAACCACAAGAAUGUCUAGCUAUGUUCACGAGAUGGAUUUCUGGUGCAACACUAUGAGGUAUUUGUCUUCCCUCUAUCAUGGAGUUCAUCAAAAUAUGAAAAAGAUCAAGGAAAACAUUAUUAAUCUUUUCGGUAAAGAUUACUCUAUUAUCAUGGUGAUUGUUAUUUUAUAUUUGUUUUUGAUAGAAUAUAUUGAUUUCCCUUCUAUGGAGCUUUAAGUUUCUUUUUGACUAAAAACUAAGUUCAGAUUGCUAAAAUCUGGAGAUUGUGUUUGUUCAUAUGGUGCAAGAUUUGAACCUUAAAGUUUUUGCAUA